UGUUAGAACCGAGUUCGGUCGAAACUAGUAAAGAGAAGACGAAGAACUCGUCUGUGGGUCUAACAAAGACGUUUUAUAGAUGAAGAUGUCAGGACUUGGUUACAAUGGGAAUGUAAAGAGAAAGACAAGACAGAGCUCGAAGAGCUAGCCGGGGAACGGUACAAGAUAACGGAUAGAGAUGAGUGAAAACCCUAGAUCUAGCCGUCUUGUGAUUGUGUAAAAGUGUCGAUCCCCUCUACGUCGUUUCUCCCCUUCCUUUUAUAGACCUUCUCUUCGAGUUUGCCCUAAUCCCUCUCUUCUGGAUGGGCUUUGUCGAUGUACCGACCAAAUGGGCCUGCUGUCGUUUAGUCGUUUGGUCGCGGUAAUCUCUUCCUGGGCCGCGCUUAUCGGCCCAUCGUCUGUUCGUCGUCCAGCGGUCAACAGGGCGUGUUUUACUGAUUUACCGGGCCCUUGGAGGGGUGUAAUCCUCCUCCUACAGUAAGUCCCCCCCCAGUUCGUCUGUUGAUUAACGCCAGUCUAAUCCUGACGGACUGUUAGCUGGAUGGGUUUGGUGAAUCCGUGAGUUUUGGUCUGGGGACCUUACGACGUUUGCUGCUGUCGUCGAGUCUCCUUUACUCGCUGGUCUUCGCCCUCGAACCCUCGGAGAGCGACUCUACUCGCUAGCCAGGCUGUUUCGUCGCGACAUGAUUCAAAGGACGGUUCUACUCACUGGUUCGGUUCACUUAGUCGCGAUAUGAUUUCGUGGCUUCUGCAAGCGGUUCUACUCGCUGGUUUGUGGCAUCGCACAUGGCUUCCGAGAAAGAUCUUAUUCUUCGGGUUUGGUCGCGACAUCGAGUGCUGCUUCUAAGAUCGAAUUAACUCGCCUGCUUUGCUCGUUUGGUCGCGCCGUGUUUUGCCUCAAAAAAAAAUGCGAUUCUACUCGCCUACUGUACUCCUCUGGUCGCGUGUAACUUUGUGGCUUCGAGACACGAUUUUAGUCGCUGGUUUACUCAUCUGGUCGUGACAUUUAGCACUGCUCUCGAAGGCGAGUGUAGUCGCUGAGUUCACUUGUUUGGUCGCACCGUUUACUCCUGGCUCCAGAGCGAUUUUACUCGCCGGUACAACUUGGUAGCCUCCGAGACAAUCUCAUUUAGCCGAGUAAAAACACCUUUUUGAACCUUCUCAAAAAAGAUUUUACUCGCUGGUUAACUCGGCUGGUCGCAGCACUCCUCCUUGUCUUCAACCGUCGAGUUGCGAGCUUCUUUGGUCUUCCGAGUGCGGCCCUUACUCGCCAGGAUGCUCGUUCGGUCGCGUAUCUCUCUCUCAAGGAUUCCCGCUGGUUUACACCGGUUUGCUUUCGGUACGACUUAACCCUGUCGGUUUGGGCCGGUUUGAUUAACUCCUAAUCCCCGGUUUGAUUGCGUGAUGUGACCGCUGCGAGCGAUGAGAGAGAGGUUUCAGGCCUGAUUAAGGCCCGUUUAGGCCUAUUUAGACCUAAUAAUGAUGCUUUGGGAGUCGUGCCCUUCUUUUUGCUAUAAAAAGAUAGUUCUGCUCUUCUUUUAUCAUUCUUCUCUGCAGCUUCAGUCCGUCACCCAAAUACAAUCGCCUAUCCGGAGAAGUUCUUCGAGCACGCCCAAGCUAUCGCGACGCUUAGCCAUCGUCGGUGGCCUGAUCUUAGCGCUGAUUGGAUACGUCGCUGUCAGGAGCGCGUAGCUAAGGGUACUCAAUUUCCUGCUUGUUUUCUUGACAAGUCGCGGUUUAUGCUUUACUUGGUGAGUAUUCUUAUUUCUCUCUUUCUUUUUGCAGAGGUUUGGAGAUCGAGAUUACCCUGCGUAGUCGUCCCCGGGAAGAAACGCUUAUCGCUAUUCACAAGGAAGCAGCAGACACUCGUGAACAAGGCGAAAAAGAUGAGGCAAACUCCGGAUUUGAGUGCUAUCCUGAAAGGGCAAAUGAGAUCGUUGGGCAAGAAGAAGACUGCUACCGUCGUUGACGACGAACCAGCAGUGGUGAACGAUGACCCUUCUCCAGUCGCGACUCCAGUCGCGGAUAGGGAUGGCCCUGCGUCCGCUGAUCGCGAAGAAGGAAAGGAAGGGAAUAACGGUUCUUCUGAAGUUAGGCACGAGCCUGAUCAUCCUGAAGAAGAGUUCCCUGAAGAUCCCGUGGAAAUGGCGCAACAGAAAUUGUCAAAGAAGAAGAAGAAAGAAAAGAAAAGAUCUCGUGAGGCUUCUUCUAAGAGGGAAACCGAGGGCUCGAAUGCGAGUCAUGAGGAUGCUGUCGGGCCUUCUGCGAAGGCGUCUCCAGGAGCUCAACCUAAGAAGCAAAAGAGGGGGCAUUCUUCUCGCCAGGAGAAUCCUCCAAUGGCGGAUACUGCUCCCGGCGGUCUUGUUGACGAUUUUUGCCCCGGGGAAGAGAGGGGAGGUGACUUUACUCCUGCUCCUGAUGUCCCUAUCGUGGCUCAGAAGAAGACUCCAAGGAAGAAGGCAGGCGCGUCGCGCAGUGCUCCUUCUUCGAGUGUGGACGCCUCUGGAAGUUUCACUACGCGAGGGCCUCGCGUGGAUUUUCCCGAUCGGGUGAACUUCUCGUAUGAUGAGGACACUCCGUUGAUCUACAAUCCGGUUCAGUGUGCUGAACUGACGCGUCAAGUGAAAGGUGGACCUAUCGAUCUUCCGCCAGUUGCUGACCUUCUUUUCAAGGACGAGUAUAUCAAGGCUGCUCAGGCUAGGAAACAGAGUGAUGGAAGCAUGAACCUUCUGGUGGAGAAGUACGAAACCGAGCUGAGACGGACACAAGCACAGCUAGGAGCCGCUGAGGAGUUGGCUCGCGCGAAGGAUUUGGAGCUUUCCCGCGUUCUCGCGAAAAACGCUGAAGACAAGGAAAUCCUACGUGUGAAGUUUGAAGAUUUGAAGACCAAGCUGCUAAACUCUCGAUCCUCCGUCAAGGCCCUUUCUCGCGAGAAGGUUACGCUAGAGAGGGGAAAGAAAGAUUUGGAAAAGGAGAGGGACGCUGUAGUCGCCAAACUCAUCUCGGAGAGGCGAAGGCUCAGGGAUUCCCGUGUUUACGAGGUAACACUCGAGAGAGUUAGAGUUGAGACGGCUAUGGUCGUGAAGGCGAAGCGUCGUUUUGACAGUAUUAGGGAUUACUCUGUUCGUCGUGACGCCUUCGAGGAGGCCCAUAACCUGUAUGGUCAGGCGUUCGGGACUCGAAAGUGUCUCGAGUUAGCAAAAGGGGAAGGCUAUGACGUUUCUCAGGAGUUGAUUGAUUUUUACAGAGUGCAGGAGGGGUUGUACAAGGUAGAGGUGGAUAAGCUCAAGGUUGGUGACAUUCCUGAAUCUGAUCUCUCUCUUUCUCCGCUUAUUCUGCCAUCCACGUUCGUGAGUGAGGAAGUUCUUGCCGGUCUCGACAAGUAUGGGUCGAAUGACAGUAUCAUCGAUUCGGGGACUUUAUCGAGGAUGCAAUCGCCAGACGAUUCUUUUGAUAUCAUGAUGAAGGAGCGCAACAAGGCCCCGACGGUUGCAGAACAGGGAACGACCGAGGGUCCGAUCGAUGCUCAGGAGGGUCGGAGAGGGAAGGAUGCGACUUCAAAUGAGACAACUGUUCCUCCGACUGUCGACGGAGAGGCGCUUGCUGCAGACUUGGUUGGAGCGGAGGACCCCUCGGAUCAGAAGGAAGACCCAGCCAACUAAGUUGCUAUGUUGUUGUAUGUUUUAAAUACGUUGUCUUCUUUUGCUGUUGUUGUUUUUUUUUUGAGGCCCUGCGGAGCCUUUGUUGUAUUAUUCAGAACUCACUAUGUCUCGGCUUUA